AUGGAUUAUAGGUCCGGCAGGCUGCUCGCCCACACGGACGCUUUUCCAUCGUCCUCGUCCGCUUUGCCACGCCGGAGAUGGUCGCAGCUGAACCCUCUGCAUGCCUCGCCGGUGGUCGAGACUGUCCGUCCUCUGCAACAAACUGCUCCCUAUCGCUAUGAACCCGCGCUAGAUGAGUCCUCUCGAGCGCAUCGUACCACUACGCUACGUCAGCUGAAUGGGAACCCCGGGACCUCAUCCUGGAGAAACCAUAAUCGGUCAGCUACUUCGCGACCCUCAACGUCGGCAUCGCAGCCUGUGCUGGUUAGGGCAUAUUCGGGCGGCCCUCAUGACACCUCCAGCACUUCGACCACGAUGCCUUCGCGGCGCUCAUUUCCAUUCAUCGGUGGCUCAAGAAGCCAGCGACGCGGGCCUGCUCUCCCAUCAGAGGACGACUUUAGCAUAGACGGCAUACUGCGAGCUAUCGAGCCGAAUAUUCGCCAGACGUUAGACUCGAUCGGAGAGAUCUGCGGGCGCAGCAGACUCAGUCUGGCGAACGAGUAUGGAAGUCAUAUUGCUCCGCUAGGCGAGAUUCGGGCUCCCCCGGGUGGUCUGGUAACAGUCGAAGAAGCCAGCUCCGAUCAUGAAAGACAAAGCGACAACGUGGUCAUCUACGACGAUGAGAAUAGUGUCGCCGAUGGACGUGAUCAUUCGUCCUUAUCGCAGUAUCGACACUGGGACGGCAGACGACCAUCUACGGGGUUUCCUUUCAGAACUCCGUUCUCUGGGGCCGGCUCGUCCAGCCAGGCCCCGCCCAGUACCCCAAGAUCUCCCCUGGCAUUGCAUGCGCCGGCCGAAGAGCCCGCGCUGGGAGCACUUCCCACGAGGCAAUUUGCCUCCAAGCCCAAUUCAGGCGGCCGUACACUGUUAGGCACGCAGACACAGUCGGGCUCGAAUAUUCUUACUCCGGCUCUUGUAUCCGAGGUCUUGCUUGAUGCCCAGGCUGAGGCCAACGCAACCUCUUCCUCGGAGAUCCCGCGAGGCCAGGAGCUUCUCGGUCCUAGCGCUAUGGAUUCCAGCGCUGGAUAUAGGGGUUGGAUUCCGCCGUCCCUGGUAGCCGAUGUGCAGGCGCUUCUAAGCUGGCUACAGUAUGGUGCCGUAGCUGCUGGUUCCGAGGCAAGACAGGCAACGGCUGAGAUGCGACUACGAGCGAUGUUGGAACGAGAUCAAACUAUUUCAAAUGCGUGA